UAGUGGUGGCGCCGGGUUGCAACCCCGGUUGUGGCGGUUUUGGUGCCUGAGGCCGGGAGCGCGGAGUCGUUCCCAAGAGAGGCGGCCAGGCUAUGAUCGCCGGGCCCCGGCGUCCCUAUCCGGCCAGCCAGACUCCCUGCCUCUGUCUGUAUCCUUGCCCGAGCGGUCCCCUCAGCCCGGCCCCGCGGCGCGGUUGGCGGCGGCGUCCGCGGCGCGCCCCCUCCUCCGAUGGCGGCGGAGAUCCAGCCCAAGCCGCUGACCCGCAAGCCGAUCCUGCUGCAGCGGGUGGAGGGGUCCCAGGAGGUGGUGAAUAUGGCCGUGAUCGUGCCCAAGGAGGAGGGCGUCAUCAGCGUCUCGGAGGACAGGACAGUUCGUGUUUGGUUAAAGAGAGACAGUGGACAGUACUGGCCAAGCAUAUACCAUGCAAUGCCUUCUCCAUGUUCAUGCAUGUCUUUUAACCCGGAAACAAGAAGACUGUCCAUAGGUCUAGACAAUGGUACAAUCUCAGAGUUUAUUUUGUCAGAAGAUUAUAACAAGAUGACUCCUGUGAAAAACUAUCAAGCGCAUCAGAGCAGAGUGACGAUGAUCCUGUUUGUCCUGGAACUGGAGUGGGUGCUGAGCACAGGACAGGACAAGCAAUUUGCCUGGCAUUGUUCUGAGAGUGGACAGCGCCUGGGAGGCUAUCGCACCAGCGCCGUGGCCUCUGGCCUGCAAUUUGAUGUCGAAACUCGGCAUGUGUUUAUUGGCGACCACUCAGGCCAAGUAACAAUCCUCAAACUGGAGCAAGAAAACUGCACCCUGGUCACAACGUUCCGAGGACACACAGGUGGGGUGACCGCCCUGUGUUGGGACCCGGUCCAGCGAGUGUUGUUCUCAGGCAGUUCGGAUCACUCCGUCAUCAUGUGGGACAUUGGAGGGAGAAAAGGAACAGCCAUCGAGCUCCAAGGACACAAUGACAAAGUCCAGGCCCUGUCCUACGCACAGCACACGCGACAGCUCAUCUCCUGUGGCGGUGAUGGCGGGAUUGUCGUCUGGAACAUGGAUGUGGAGCGGCAGGAGACUCCUGAAUGGCUGGACAGCGACUCCUGCCAAAAGUGUGAUCAGCCUUUCUUCUGGAAUUUCAAGCAAAUGUGGGACAGUAAGAAAAUUGGCCUGAGGCAGCACCACUGUCGCAAGUGCGGGAAGGCCGUCUGCGGCAAGUGCAGCUCCAAGCGCUCCUCCAUCCCCCUGAUGGGCUUCGAGUUUGAAGUGCGGGUCUGCGACAGCUGCCACGAGGCCAUCACAGAUGAAGAACGUGCGCCCACGGCUACCUUCCAUGACAGCAAACACAACAUCGUGCAUGUGCAUUUUGACGCAACCAGAGGGUGGCUACUGACUUCUGGAACUGACAAAGUUAUUAAGUUGUGGGAUAUGACCCCAGUAGUGUCUUGAUGACUCUCCCAGGAAUCGGAAAGAUAGUGUUUACUAAAGAAAUGGUUAUUCUAACCCAGAUCAUUACUGGUGAAGUAAAGCGGUCAUGUGAGAAGUAAGAGAGAACCUCGAGGCCGUAGAUGAGUCUGCAUUUACCGACACGCACAGUGGUGAACAGUGAGUGAGUGCUUGCUGGAGCCUCUUCCAACUUGUUCAUACAACAUAAAAGAAGAUAUUUUUUUAACAAAUGGUUUAUACAGUCUGGCUGUGCUACCUUGUUUUGAGUAUACUGAAAAAUCUGUGUAGUGGUUAAUUUCUGUGUUUUCCGAUGCUUCACGUUCCUUGUUGCUUCAUGUGGGGAAGAGAUGAGGAUGUGUCGUUCAGGGUAUGUGGGUCGCUGGAGCGUAAGUCGCUGUAUUUUCUUUACUUCGGCACGUACCACAUGGCCAGCAUCUUUGUCUUCUUUUCUGUCUUCCUCUCCCACACCCUCUCUGCUUUCCGCCAGAGUCCAUGCACUGACACCAUUUAUCUCCAUUCACGCCAUUAUGGUUCUGCUUCCCUGUCCUUGUCAGUGGGGAGAUUUGGAAAACCAUGUGUGUGGGUUCAGCAACUGACUCCUCGAAUCAUCUGAAGAUCAUUUGUAAUGCCUGACUCCUUCAUGUUCUUACGAGUAGAAAUGUUAUGUUUCUGCCUAGGUUUUCUGUCUUGCCCACAUUAACAAAAAAAUGCUGUGAGAAAAGCUGCUCCCAACCAUUGUGCUCACAGAAGUAGCUAACUGCAUAACUCAGCUUCAACCAUCAGUGCCUGGAUAAGCGAGAACUCAGUUGGAGCCUCCUGAGCCUCUUAUGUUUCAGUGUUUUUGACACAACUCCCCUCACUCAUAACCUUAAACACAAAGAAAACAAAGCCCAGAAACCUACCUGCUUCAAAAAUAAGUGUCCUCAAGGCGUGUUUUCGCACGUGACAUCAUCUCUGAACUUGACAUUCCUGCCAGAUCGUACGCCUGCUCUGUUCCUUGUCAUCUGCACCUUCUGCCCUUUCAAAGCGAGCUGUUGUAGACAUUGUUAUCUUGAUGUGUGUCACCAGAGCCCUUUGCACACUUUCAUACUUGAUCUGUAUGUGACCGGAGACGUGAAGGUACUGAAUCCUACAGCACACGCGGUGUCCCCGCUGGGAGUCCAGAAGAGGACUUGAGAAUGAACCUGAAGAGCUCCUGUCUCUAAGGGAAUCCAGUCAAGCUUGAGGAAGUGGAAGAUUCUUAUGUGUAAUAACUCAACUCAGGAUUUUGAAGUCCUUUUGAAAACUCUUGUUUUCACCUGUCAAAGUCGGCUUUAAACUAGCAGCAAGCAUGUGCUGGGUGCCUGCCCCGUGCCAAGCACUUCCCCUGCACCGCCUCACCCCAUCAGCAUCAGGCGGAUCAGUCUCUUGGGGAUCAUCAGGCUAAAUAAAGCCUUGUGGAUAAAUCACAGGCCAACUGCUCGCCCUUGUCCACAGCAUCUUGUUCACUUCUGAUGAGAGAGGUUUUUUGAUGGUAGUAUUUGAGUGAAAUCAAAAUCCUCCCAGUCUCCAGCCCCCGGAAAGCCGUGUGUUCCCCUCACAAUCAUUCAGGACUUCGCCAUCUAACUGGGGGAAUGACCCGAACCAUCCUUGGAUACCAGCCCUCACACCGACCAAGCGAGCUGCCCUGGGAGGAGGCUUCCUGGAGAUGAUGUUGCUGGCCCAGCAGUGGGCAGCAGGGCCAGUGUGCGUGUCCCACGCAGCCAUGGUACAUGACAGCCCAUCUGACCGGAAUGCUGCAGGUGUACAUGCGUGCACGCAUACACACACACACACACACACGGAAGCCAUUGCCACUUGGCAUUGUUGUAACUCCUUUGAGUCUUUUCUGCAUGAUUGCUCUGUGAGAGAGCUUUAAAAAGGGAAUUACAUUUAAAAUAUUCGCAUAUCUAUUUUGAGUUUAUUACUAGAACCUGCAACUGAAUUGCACAUAAUAGAGAACUAUGUGUUGGAAAUGAGUAAUAGCACUGCAUCGCUCUGUUUUCUUUUCCUAAACUUCAGAGAGUGUG